CGUUCCUUGGGAACAAGACUUGAAAUGAAAUCUCAAAAAAUCAAUUUAAAAUUGCACGUUAGAAAAUAUCCAUCUGUGCAAGCGCACUGCAGCAAGUGUUUCAUUUUAACUCUGUGAGCCUAUGAAAGAUUCGUAUUUAAUAUUAAACUUGAUUUGUACUGUUAGUUAAGCUUGUUAUAUUUGUAUUUAAUUACGACCGUGAAAGCGUGCCAGUUGCAGAAUGUACAGGAAUAAAGCGUGCCAGUUGCAGAAUAUAUAGAAAUAAAGCGCGCCAGUUGCAGUGACCUCGUGAAAGAAAGUUUCUCUCAAUUGAUUUUUGCAAAAAAAUAUGGCUGAAGCAGAAUCUACACAGCGGGAAGUUCGUUCCUUCUUAAUGGCUCGUGAUCCAAGCAUUGAUCGACGUUGUAGACCACGUCCACAACAAAAAAUAGCGCUUUUUCAUGAUAUCAAGGAAGAAGAUGACGACUGUGAAAUCGAUUGUUCCUUGGAUGAUACUAGUGAUCUUGCUAGUGCAGACGGAAUUAGUGAAACCGCUAGCUCAAGCGCAACAAAUGACGCUACCAUCGCCAACCCGUCGAAUGAAGUGGGAGCAUCCGUCUAUCUAAGGCUGCGUCCAGUAGAUUGUCCGACUUCAACGUUUGCUAUUUCUAAGGAAGGAAAUGUUUUGAUUUGCUCCCCACCUCUUGAAGCAACAAAUUUAAAUAAGAAUUCGGCGGAGAAGCACUACAGUUUUACAGAUAUACUCGAUUCACACGUUAGUCAAUAUGAAUUGUAUGAAAAGUGUAUUGGGCAGAAAAUAAUCGCGGAAGAAAGUUUUACCGUUCUAACGUACGGAAUUUCAGGAUCAGGCAAAACGUUUACAUUACUUGGCGAUGAUCAUCGGCCUGGGAUAAUACCUCGCUCCCUUGAAAAUGUAUUUUCCUUAUAUGAAGGUCAAAUAUAUCCACAUCCUUCCGUUAAACUUAUCAAUGGGCACAUAACAAUUUUGGAAGAUAGUGCGACUGGCAAGGAAAAUUUAAUGCGGAAAAAGAUAUUGGCACAAAACUUAGAGCUUGAAAGCCAGCACAAAAGUUUCCAACAGUGUAUACAGAACGAGCAUCGUUUCCCGAAAGGCCCCAUUGACGAUGCUCACGUAUUAAUUUGGGUAACCUUCGUCGAGAUUUAUAAUGAACAAGUUCAUGAUCUAUUAGCUAGCGAUGCUCCUAAAUAUGGUGUGCAGCCAAAUGCUUCUAGGAAAAAUUUGAAAAUAAUUUGCAAUGACGGCCGCGUGUUUAUUAAGUCUGCAACAUCGAUCUAUGUAAAAAGUAGCUUGGAAGCAUUGAAAUUAUUGCGUUAUGGUCAGAAAAAGUUGACAUAUGCAUCAACUUUAAUAAAUGCGAGCUCCAGUCGAUCCCAUUGCAUCUUUCUGCUGGAUGUAUUAAAAUAUUAUACAGGCGUUAUUAAGAGGACUUCAUAUAAAUUUUGUGACUUAGCCGGUUCUGAAAGACUAGAUAAAACGGGAAAUGUUGGCUCUCGGCUAAAGGAAGCUCAACGCAUAAAUACAUCACUUAUGGUUUUAGGGCGUUGCCUGGACGCAGCCAGUGCAGCUGGUAAUAAGCCAGAACGUAUACCCUUUCGUGAGUCAAAACUUACAAUGUUAUUACAAACGGCACUCCAAGGUAGAGAAAAGUUGACGAUGGUAGUCAAUUUAACACCUUUGGAUAAAUACUAUGAAGAAAAUUCCAACGUGUUAAACUUCGCCUCAAUCGCUAGAAAUAUAAUAUUCAAAUCAUCAAUAGCAUUCAAAAAUCAUACACGAUAUUCGAAUUUCAUGGGAAACACCCGCUGUGAUAUAGAGGAAGACGAUAAAGCGAAAGACGAAUAUAUUCAAGAUUUGGAGGAAGAAAAUGCACGUUUACACGAAGAAUUGCAAUCAUUGCGUGGACAACUGGAAGAACAAGAACAAUUUUUACACACCAAACUUCAACAGCUAGAGGAGGUAUUACGUGCCCAACAUUCUGAAGAAUUGGAAGAGCAGGAGGAUACGUUGAGGAAUAAAUUAGUAGAUUCGUUUAAAGUUACUUUGGCCGAAACCAAAAAGCAAAGUGAAAAACGUUUACAGGUUCAAUUAAAUUGCCAAGCGCAAAUUUACGAAACGAAGAUUGCUUCACUUACUAGAAAAUAUAAGGCAGAGAUUGAAGAUCUAGAGGAAGAAUUGGAACGCCGAAAGUAAAAAUUUAUUUAUUCCAACAAAUUGAGAAUUUUUUUUUGUUCUAUUUUUUACG